AUGUCUGCUUGCAACACUUUCACUGAGCACGUCUGGAAACCUGGUGAAUGUAAGAACUGCUUCAAGCCCAAAAGCUUGCAUCAAUUACCCCCAGUAUCUGAAAAAAAACCCCUCUCACAUGGAAAUCUGAAAACCAAUGCAAACCAAAGUAACAGCCAUCGUGGGAGAAACACAGGAAACUUCCGACCACCUGUGGCAAAGAAACCCACUAUAGCUGUGAAACCCACCAUGAUGGUAGUAGAUGGGCAGGGUGUAUGUGGCGAAACCAGCACGCCGGAUCAUUGCGAGAAUAAAUCGGUGCCUGCAGGUUGGAACCGAAACAAAGCUGUCUUGAACAAAAAACCACUGAACAAUAAUAAUGAAGAUGAAAUUGAAGGUUAUAGCCAUGUUCACAGGCCUUAUGGCAACAAUGAUGGUGUAGGUAAGAUACCAAAUAACAAUAAUAAUGGACUGACAGAAGUUUUGAAGGAGAUUGCGGGUUUGGAUACCACACCUCAGCUAACUGGAAAUGAAAUGAACUCAAGAGAAACCUUCUUGGGAAGGAUAAAUAAUUGUUAUAAAAGAUCAUUAGAAAGAAAGAUCCCUCCAAGCUGCAUGAUGGGUGGAAUGAAGGAUUCACACAGUAAGCACGUUAUUCUGAGUGGAAGCACUGAAGUAAUAAGUAAUGAAGGUGGACGUUUCUGUUAUCCAGAGUUCUCUAGUGGAGAUGAGAGUGAGGAUGACACGUUUUUUGGCAGCAUGCAAGAAGAGCAUGAGAGCUGGGAUGAAAGUGAUGAAGAGUUGCUAGCAAUGGAAAUUCGUAUGAGGGGCCAACCUCGCUUUGCUAAUUUUAGAGCUAACACCCUAUCUCCUGUUCAGUUCUGUGUUGACAAAAAAUGGAAUACUGUGCCCCUUAGAAACAAGUCUCUCCAGCGGAUCUGUGCAGUAGAUUAUGACGACAGUUACGAUGAAAUUUUAAAUGGUUAUGGGGAAGAGACUGUGAUUCUUUAUGGGCAAGAGAGCAUGCAGAGCAUGGUGUCUUCUGAUUCUACAUCUCCCGAUUCUUCUUUGACAGAAGAGUCUCGUUCUGGAACAACCAGCAGUUCUUCACAGAAGCUCUGUAAUGGAGGCUUAUCUCCUAGUACUCCUCAGGACCUCAAAUUGAUUGAACCAGAAUAUGAAAGCCUUUGUGAUAAUCAGCAAGUGAAGGAUGUGUCAAAAGCUCCCAGAAAUGUUCCGAAAAGUCCAGAAACUCACAAGGCAGUCCUUGCGCUUCGACUGGAAGAGAAGGAUGGCAAAAUUGCUGUGCAGACUGAUAAGCAAGAGAAUAAAAGUUCUUCAGAUGUUGCUGGUCAAGCUGUAACUAUAAAUUUGGUGCCUGUAGAAGAGCAAGCUAAACCUUACAGGGUGGUGAAUAUGGAACAACCAGUUUGCAAGCCAUAUACCAUAGUAGAUGUAUCAGCUGCCAUGACCAAUGAAUGUAAGGAGAAUCAGACUGAAACCUCAGAAACCAGAAAUACAUCAUCUAGCCCAAGCUCACCAGUAACUCCAGGCACACCUAUUACAUCCUCUGCAGCGUCGCCUGUACGAGUAAAUACUAAUCUGAAAAAAUCCAGUGCAAUCAGAUAUCAAGAAGUGUGGACUUCUAGUACUAGUCCAAGACAGAAGAUACCUAAGGUGGAGUUAAUUGCUAACAGCUCAGGACCUUCUGUUCCUCCCAGGAAGACAAGCCACAAGUCAGCUCCUACUUCACCCACAGCUACAAACAUUUCUUCAAAAACUAUCCCGGUUAAGUCUCCCAAUUUAUCUGAGAUAAAAUUCAACAGCUACAAUAAUGCUGGCAUGCCACCUUUUCCUAUUAUCAUUCAUGAUGAGCCCACUUACGCUAAGAGUUCCAAAAAUGCUAUUAAAGUUCCUAUUGUAAUCAAUCCAAAUGCAUAUGAUAACCUGGCUAUCUAUAAAAGUUUUCUAGGGACCAGCGGAGAACUAUCCAUCAAAGAUAAAACUACUAGUGUAAUAAGCCACACAUAUGAAGAAAUAGAAACGGAAAGCAAAAUGACUGAAGCCAUAGGAAGUAAACCCACUGAAUUUUCCCAAGUGAAGGGGGUGACUAAUAGCUCUGAAUGCAGGCUGGGUUCUGUGGCUCAGAAGGUCCAAGAGUUUAAUAGCUGUCUCAGUAAAAGUCAGAUAUCACCACAGAGAAGUCAUAGUUCUGACCACAGCUCCCCAUUGAGAGUUCAAAAGACAACACAAGAGCCUGCAGCAAAAAUAGAUGUAACACCAGAGGCUUCCGUUGGCAGCAGCAGCGGUAGAGAGAAUGCAAGCACGGUGCUUUCGCAGAUUGUGGCUUCUAUCCAGCCUCCUCAGUCUCCUCCAGAAACACCUCAGUCUGGACCCAAGUCUUGUAGCGUACAAGAACUGUAUUCCUUACCCCCUGAUGCAGAUGCUACUAAAAACACCCUGGUACGCCCCAAAUCUCUGUUUACGUCACAGUCUGAAAUAGAGUCACCCAAGGUGGUCGAAAACACUGCCAUUAAAAUGCAGAAAGAGUCACCUUCACAGCAAGUUGCCACUCACUCUCCAAAGCCAAUGAGAGCCACCCCAAAUACCACAAGUCCCAAAACAGAGCAAGCACCGCCAUUUCCUCCUCCACGGUCCACUUCUUCACCCUAUCAUGCAAGUAACUUGUUGCAAAGACAUUUCAGCAAUUGGACCAAACCAAACAGUCCCACCAGGUCGACAGAGGCUGAGUCAAUCCUUCAUUCCGAAGGUCGCCGAGCUGCUGAUGCGAAACCCAAACGCUGGAUAUCGUUUAAGAGCUUCUUCCGCCGCAGGAAAACUGAUGAUGAGGAAGACAAAGAGAAAGAAAGAGAGAAAGGAAAGUUGGUGGGUCUUGAUGGAACUGUUAUACAUAUGCUCCCCCCUCCUCCAGUUCAACGUCAUCACUGGUUCAGUGAGGCAAAGUCAGACUCCAGCGAGAAGCCAUCGAUUGUUUUCAUGUAUAGAUGUGAACCAGCAGAAGCUGAACCAAAGUCUGACUAUCAACACAAGAGCGGAGCGGAGUCUGCUAUCGCAAGUGCACUAGCAAAAGACAAAGGAGAAAUGCAGGAAAAGUCUCCAGAGAGCUCUGAACAGAAAAUAGCGAGCCAUUCAUCACCACCUCAGAUUCCCAAGAAAAUCCCCAGUCAAGUGCCCGAUGAUACGACACUGGAGGAUUUGUCCCCUCGUGUUCCUAGAGCCGUGUUUGUGAAGCAGGACAAUGGCGGCAGUGCCUCGGUCAUACCAGUAUCAUCGAUCCGUGUCCCACAAGGGGAGGAAGAAAAGGAAGAAGCUUCAAAUUCUCCUGACUUAAAUCCUUGCAGUGCUACAUACAGCAAUUUAGGACAGUCUAGAGCAGCCAUGAUACCUCCGAAACAGCCGAGGCAACCGAAGGGAGCUUUGGAUGAUGCCAUUGCCUUUGGAGGACUAGUAGACCAGGAGACAAUGAACAACUUGCAGCCAACACCACCUCCACUGCCAAAGAAAACAAUUUUGAGAGCCAACACAGAGCCAACUCCCAGAGAUCUCCAGAAGCAGGCUCUGGAGAACAGCCUGUGCAUUGUAGCCAAUCCCACCUAUGACAUUGACACCAACUGGGAAGCAAGCAGCGCCUGCUCUUCGGUCAGCCUGGAGCUCAAGGUACUGGACAAUGAGUCAGGAGAUUCCUUGGACAGGCCUACAGAAAAACUAAGGGCAACCACCUCAGCAACUAACAGUGUUUCCAGCCUAACCACUAUCAGUAUUAAGGACCGGUGUUCCAACAGCAUGGAGUCUCUAACAGGGAGACACAUCUCGCAGACUAAGCAGGGCAAAGGUGUCCAGAAGCCACAAAGGCAAGCACUUUAUCGAGGAAUUGAAAACCGAGAAGAGGUGGUAGGUAAAAUCCGAAGCCUUCACGCUGAUUCACUGAAGAAGCUGGCACUUAAAUGUGAAGACUUGUUCAUGGCCGGACAAAAAGACCAGUUGCGAUUCGGGGUGGACAGCUGGUCAGAUUUCAGGCUAACCAGUGAUAAGCCGUGCUGUGAGGCAGGCGAUGCGGUUUACUACCCAGCUUCUUAUGCAAAAGAUCCUCUCAACAAUUAUGCGGUCAAGAUUUGUAAGAGCAAAGCUAAGGAAUCCCAGCAGUAUUAUCACAGCCUAUCUAUCCGGCAGAGUCUGGCUAUCAACUUUAACAUCCAACAGGACUGUGGCCAUUUCCUUGCUGAAGUACCAGUUCGUCUCCUUCCAUGGGAGGAUGCUGAUGCACCAGAGGUGGAAGAAGACGAGCGGGAAGAAGAGGAGAAAGAGCCCGAGCAAAAGAACAGAGACACUCCUUCCAACACAGAGGCUUCACAGAAAGACAGCUCAAGCAACCACGGGACCAUCAGCAAGCCACGCAGCCGUGUUGUGGUCAUCACGCGGGAGGUCCCAUACUUAACAGUGGCCGACUUUGUGCGAGAAUCUGCGCCCCGCCAUGCAAAAAGCCCAGAUUUAUAUGAGAGGCAGGUCUGUCUACUCCUUUUACAGCUGUGUCUGGGUCUGGAGCACCUGAAACCCUAUCAUAUCACGCACUGUGAUCUGCGGUUAGAGAACCUGCUGCUGGUUCAUUCCAGACCAGGAGGCAGCCCUCUGAGCUCUGAGUCCAUGGAACCCAGUCCCAACACUGCCUGCCCAGCCAGAUUAAUAGUGAGCAAUUUCUCCCAGGCCAAGCAGAAGAGUCAUAUGGUGGAUCCUGAGGUCCUACGGGAUCAGUCCCGCCUGGCUCCAGAAAUCAUCACUGCAACACAGUACAAAAAGUGUGAUGAGUUUCAGACUGGCAUCCUCAUCUACGAAAUGCUGCACUUACCCAAUCCCUUUGAUGAGAAUCCAGAGCUGAAGGAGAAGGAGUAUACUCGUACUGAUCUCCCCAAGAUUCCUUGCCGUUCCCUCUACUCUCAAGGGCUUCAACAACUGGCCAGCUGCCUGCUGAAUCCCAACCCUUCAGAGAGGAUCCUGAUAUCAGAAGCCAAGGGAAUCCUUCAGUGUUUGCUUUGGGGUCCACGUGAGGACCUGUUCCAUGCUCUAAGUACAUCUUCCAACCCCUCACGGAGAGAUGCUGUACUUCAGAACUGGCUGGAUAUCAAAAGGACGCUGCUGAUGAUCAAGUUUGCAGAGAAGUCCUUGGACAGGGACUGUGGAGUUGUUCUGGAAGACUGGCUUUGUUGCCAAUAUCUGGCUUUUGCCACUAUAGACUCGCUUCAUCGCAUUGUGAGAAUCAUGCAGCAGCACUAG